AUGAAAUGCAAAGAACAAAAAGCGUAUCUACAGUUCGUAGAAGAAUUAAAGAAGGAGUUCCCACUAUUUCGAAAAUACACUGAUGAUUUUUUUUAUAGAAAAAAAAAGGAGGAAACACAAAGGGGAAAUGAAAGCUCAAAUUUUUUUUCGCAAAAUGGGGAAGCCCCAAAUGACACAAAGGAAGCGUGCAACUCCUUCGUGAGAGAAAUGGAGACCUCUUUCAAUUCGUUGGAACAAAAAAACAGAAUCAGUUGUAUAUGUAAAUUAUUUUUAAAUAACUAUAGCCCAUUCACAAAUGGUUACUAUAAUUACGUUGACACAAAUUAUGUGAGUUCCUCUUUGGUCCAAGAGGCUAUGGAGAGGUACGUCGAAUGGAGGGAGUCCGGGGGUGAAGAGUCAUUCGCGCAGGGGCAUAUCAGUGAAACCAAUGCGGUCAGUGUAGUUACACCACCUCGCUUAGUCGCCAGGAGGCCCCAUAAACGGGAAAGCGUUGGGGAUACCGGGAAUGCACUCGGGUGGGACAACGCCUGGGCUAGCGAUAGUGCAGGUGAAAAUGUGAUUGCAAGUGUUUGUCGUGAUGUGGCGGAUAAUGUGAUUGACAAUGUUAAUGACAAUGGAAUUGGCAGUGUUCGGGGCGAUGCAAGCGCUGCUGAGAGUAGUAGCCCUCAUAGUAAUCCCCGUAGUAGCCCCCGUAGUAGCCCCCGUAGUAAAGCGAGUGGCAGGCGCACAAAAAUCGGGAAGAGAAGCAGAAAAUCCUACGAAACGGGCGCAAAGGUGAUCGGGAAGAGCCCCCGCAGAGGAAAGUACUCGGACAGAGGGGUUAAUGCGAAACGGGCGAAGGUGUGGGAGGGCUCCGUAAGAGUAGACAAGGGGGGGGGUCCAAAAGACGGAGAAGAUAGCCAAGUUAUCAAUGGGAGUAGAAGUAGUAGGAGUAGAAAUAGUAGGAGUAGUACUAGUAGGAGUAGUAGUAGUAGCAGCAGUGGUAGGAGCCUCUCCAGGGGCAGCAACUGGUCCAACGGAAGCAGGCACUCCAAUGCAAUGGGAGAUCUAAAGAAUUGCGUCGAGGAAGAAAUGGACAAGAAGGAUGACCUUGGCUUCUGCGAUAUUUCGCUAGUCCCCUUUGCAAAUGAGACAUUUUACAUAAACUACGGAUGUGUGGGCACGAGCAAACAAACGCACAAAGCAGGAAGCGUGUUUGUGAUUGACGACAUUGGGGGGGGAUGUGAAAAAAAUGAAAUUGCGAAAUGUAAAAGACGAAUAAUAUUCGGAAGAGAAGGAAAGAAAGAAUUUUUGCACAACAUAAGUUCUAAUUCAAUUGUGAAGGGAUGGAUUUAUAAGGCCGAUUCAGAACACAAGUUUUUUCACGUUAGACUUUUCUCCGUGAGGAAUACGCCAGAUGGGAGUAGCGGUAACAAGACCACUGAUGUAACCGAAAAUUCAAAAACUGCUAAUUGUGGCAGCGGUGCAGGAGUGUUGGACGACCACCAUGUGUAUGCUUGCCUACCCUUCCAAUUUGUCAGUAAGUUCCAAUUUGUGGACAGCCUAGACAUGCAUGGCCUCCGCCUGGAAGAAAACCUAGACAGCUUCAUAGGCAUGAAUAUAAGAGCGAGAAUAUUCGACGAUAGAGAAUACAUUCGCUCUCAUUUUGAAGACCUCUUGGGGAGGUACCAAUUUCACUUCUUCCUGACCCUUCAGUCCAAGGGGCAUGACGAUCACAUAAAAAAUGACAAGCUGGGGUUCCUGUCGACGGAGUUAAGUGUAAAUAAUUUAACGGGCCAAAAGAAAUUGGGAGAAAACAUUCGCAGUGAAGUAGACAGUAUGUUGGUAACCCGUCUAAACGUCCUCCUAUUUUCUUGCAAAAGAUUUAUGAGCAAAGAAAAUGUAAAGUAUAAGGAAAAAUAUUUGUUCCUAAACCUUCCGCAUCUGUCAUCCCUAAUUAAUUUCAAUUUUAGAAAUAAUUUUUUCCAAACGCACAUUGGAAAUGUGACGACGAGGAAGCAAAAUUUAAUUUGGUCUGAACAGAAAUUUAUGGAAGCUUUAGAAAUUUACAAAAAAAAUAGUAACUACUACAACUUUUUAAAAAAUUAUUUUACUUUCCAUUCUGGAUCAAGUACAUGUAGUUACGUCUACCUCAGUGACGUGGACAAAUUUGAGACAACAAAUAAUGAGCACACUGCUCCUAUCAAAGUGGAAGCGAAUAAACAUGUAGAAAAAGAGGAACAGAAUGAAGGUAAUCCAAAACAGAGGAACUACAUUUUAGAGAAAAAAAAGGAAAAAAUCAUCCCGGGGAACAAUUUUGGUAACCUUAAAAUGGACGGGAAUAAAAGUACGAAAUGUUAUGAAGAUUAUUGGUUCUCAUUAUCCGAUAGGGAAAAACAUAUAGUGGAUAAGAUUCCCUUUCUAAAUUCUAGUGUAUACAAAACUAAGUGGAUAUAUGAUUUUUUUAACUGCAUUAAGUUAACCAUUAAUUUGAAUAAUCAUCACCUUUGGGGGAACUUCCUGCUGAGCUUGGUGCUUCUAGAGUUGAGCUGCUACACGGAAUCUUUCCUUUUUCUCUUCAGAAUUUUUAAAAUAAAAAAAAUGUUUUUGGAAAGCUACAAAUUGAAAAAUAUUAUCUGCACAGUCUUCAUAAGACGAUUAAAAAAAUACAUCGCAAAGGAACAUCUAUGGAAUGUCAUCGUAAAUUACAGAGAAUACGAUUUGUUCAGCAUGAGAGAGGACAACUGUGAUGAGUACUGCAGGAAUAUAUUUGAGCGAAAUUUAAGUCUCUUAUGUGCUCUCGAAAAGGGGUAG